AUGGAGCUGCUCGCAUCUGAUGCCUAUUGCUUCAUGUUCUCUGGUCUGGAUUUGCACGAACGGGUGGCUUUCAAUGCGCCUCGAUACUUCGUUGAGGCCAGAGACUGCGUUAUUGCGACGUUCCUGAUGAGCUGCGGCGACCUGCGGCGCACGAGAAGUAAAAUUAUGCAUAUUUCGUGGGGUUGA